AUGGCUCACGCGCACGCGCGCGGGGCAUCCGAGCAGCGCGCACAAGCAGCUGCUGCCGCGCUGAGCAGCUCGCGGAGUAGCGCGCGCUGGCCCCGCCGGCAGCGACCGCGGAGAGCGCAGCACUGCGCGCGCGCAGUGGCAGUACGGCUGCUGAUGGUGCCGCUGGCCGCGGCGGCGCUGGUGGGGCGCAUGGCGGUGGGCGCGCGCGGCAGUGAUGACGUGGCUGUGACGCGCGCAGCUGCAGCAGCAGCAGCACUGCUCGAUGCACUCAAUAUCACGCGGUCGCCCAUCGCAGCGCUCUUUGUGUUUGGCGACUCCUUGGUUGACGUGGGCAACAACAACUACGGCACGUACCGCUUCCUGCGUGCCGACCUGCCGCCCUACGGCAUCAACUACGUGGAGGCGUCGGGGCGCUUCUCCGAUGGCCGCCUGCAGAUCGACUUCCUCGGUGCGUGGCGCUGCCGAUCGGCUUCCUCGGUGCGUGCCGCUGCCAUGGCGGUACGGCUUGUGAGGGCGGCGGUGCGGGCGGGUUGCACGAUGGAGGAACGGAGGAGAGGGAAGGGGAGCAGGAAGGUUUGUGAGGAUAGCAGAGUGGGCAGGUGGACGGAGGCAUCUCACAUGAUCACCUGUGUGGGCUUCUGGCAGCCUGCCAUUUUUACUUCGCCUCCCCUCCCUUCCUUCCAUAAAAUCCCCUCCCUCCCUUCCCCCCCUCCCCCCCCUCCGUCCCCCCCCUCCCCCCCCCUCCGGCCCCCCCCUCCCCUCCCUCCCCUCCCUUCCCUCCCUCCUCUCCAUCCUCUCCCCAACCCCCUCCCUCCCCUUCCUACCCUCCCCCCCUCCCCCCCCCUCCCCCCCCUCCCCCCCCUCCCACCACUUCCUUCCCCCCAUCCCGCACUGCCCCCCAUCUCCCCCAGCGCGCUAUCUGGGGCUGCCCUCGCCGCCCCCAGUGCUACAGCCGGGGCGCAGCGCCACUCGCGGGCUCAACUUCGCCAGUGCGGGGGCGGGCGUGCUGGACUCCACCAACCCGGGCCAGGUGCGAGCUGGCAACGUGGGGCAGGCGGGGCCCACCCUGGUGGAUCGGGCCCAGCCUGGUGGGUCGGGCCCAGCCUGGUGGAUCGGGGCUGGCCUGGUGGAUCGGGGCUGGGCUGGUGGAUCGGGGCUGGGCUGGUGGGUCGGGGCUGGGCUGGUGGGUCGGGGCUGGGCUGGUGGAUCGGGGCUGGGCUGGUGGAUCGGGGCUGGGCUGGUGGAUCGGGGCUGGGCUGGUGGGUCGGGGCUGGGCAGGUGGGUCGGGGCUGGGCUGGUGGGUCGGGGCUGGGCCGGUGGGUCGGGGCUGGGCUGGUUAGCACGUGGUGGGAGAGUUGUGAGGUGGAGGAAGAGAGGAGUCGGGCGGGGAUGAGAUGCCAGCAGUGCUGGGCUCUGCGCACCCACACAGCACGCCUCUGUGGAUGCCAACCAAGGCAGAGUGGAUGGGAUGUGGCCUCUCGCUCCUUGCUUUCACCUCUGCCCACCACAGCCCUCCUUCAAUUCAACCCCCUUCUUUCUCACUCAUUCUGCUUCACGCUGCUUGCGUUUCUCCCCCUCCCCCUCUCGCUGCUCCCUCCCUAUUAUUUCGUCUCUCGUCAGGCGUUCCCGCUGUCCUUCCAGCUGGGAAAGUUCCGGGAAGUGCACGCAGCGGUGCAGCAGCAGCAGCAGCAGCAGCAGCAGCAGCAGCAGCAGCAGCAGCAGCAGCAGCAGCAGCAGCAGCAGCAGCAGCAGCAGCAGCAGCAGCAGCAGCAGCAGCAGCAGCAGCAGCAGCAGCAGCAGCAGCAGCAGCGGGGAGAGCUUGCCAGACAAGAGCGUACGUGCACGGAUGAUCCGCGGCGCCUCGCACAUCAUCACAUUACCCGCUCUGCUCUGCACUCUGCUCUCUUCUAUUCCAGCACCGCACUUGCCACGUUAAUUAUUCCUCCCAGAUCUCCAUCCCCCACUUCUGCCCUCCUUCCCCCCACAUCCCUCCCUCCACCUCUCCCCUCCCCUCUCCAGGCGCUCGCCUCAGCUCUCUACGUGGUGCAGAUAGGCUCCAACGACUACCUCUACCUGCUGUCGCAGCUCAACAUGGGGCUCGUCCCCAACAUCCCCACCUCCCUCCCCCCCCGCAACGCCACUCGCCCUCGUCUGUUCAGCAACGCCUCCUCUCUUCCGCCCAUGCCCGACGCCUCCUCGCUGCCACGCAUGCCCAACACCACCGCUCUGCCACCGCUUCCCUUCAACUCCACAGCCCUAUCAUCCGCCGCCAUAGCCUCUGCUGCUUCUGCCGCUUCGGCCGCUUCUGCCGCCUCUGCUGCUUCUGCCGCCUCUGCUGCUUCUGCCGCCUCUGCCGCCUCUGCUGCUUCUGCCGCCUCUGCUGCUUCUGCCGCCUCUGCCGCCUCUGCUGCUUCUGCCGCCUCUGCCGCCUCUGCUGCUUCUGCCGCCUCUGCUGCUUCUGCCGCCUCUGCUGCUGCCGGUGCGAGCAACUCGUUCGAUCCGACAAGGUCAAGAGAAGCCGCCCGCCUGCGCAGGGCGGGGACGCGUGGCACGCUCCCAUUGGAGGAGGCAGUGAGCCGCCCGCCACAGUCGGUGACGGACAGGGUGGGUGCGGUGGGGCGGUUCUCAGCGGCGCUGGGAGGCACCAUUGCUGCGUCCACCCAGGGCACCGUGGAUGCCGUGCAGGCCCUGUACAGCAUGGGGGCGCGGCGCUUCCUGGUGUACCUGCUGCCGCCCAUCACAUGCGCGCCCACACUCAUGCAGGCCUUGGGCCAGCGCACGUGCUCCGCGUCGCCGCUCAGCGCCGUGCCGCUCGCCCACAACGCGCUGCUCUCAGCGGGGCUGAACGCACUGCAGGCGCGCCUGCCGGGCAUCGUCAUCCUCACUGCGGACGUUGGGGGGUUUGUGACGCGCGCUGUUGAGCAGCCAGAGGCGCUGGGCUUCACCAGCGGUCCGGAGGCGUGCUGUGGCGCCCCUGCACCACUGAACGGGCUGGUGCAGUGUGGGCGCACGGCGCUGGUGAACGGCACCCCCACGCCGUACACGCUGUGCCGCCGCCCCUCCCAGCACGUCUUCUGGGACGCCUUCCACCCCACCCAGCGCCUCAACCACCUCCUCGCCGCCCGCGUGUGGCGUGGCGCUGAGGGCAGAUGGGGUGAUGAUGAUGGGGAUGAGGGGGAUGAAGGGGAUGGUGCGGAUGAAGGGUUGGGUGAUGUGGGUGAGGAUGAUGGUGGCAGUGGAGUUGUAAUGCGUCCUGUUGGGCUGAGAGCACUCGCAAGAUAUUUGUCACGCGCGGGGCCGCGCAUUGCCCUCUUGCUCAUAGUAGCCGUAGCGCACGUCGCGGCGGGUCCACUUGCGACGCUCCGUCGCGUGGAGAUCGUCUCAGGCGAUACAGCCGCCACGGCUGAAAGAGCCGGCACGCCUGCUACAGCCGUAUCCAGCCAUCGCCGGAGUGCGCUAAAGACAGCCGUCGUCACGUUGUCGCCGCCGCCACCCGUAGCGCCUUCGACUCCUAGUGGACUCUCGGCGCCGCCGGCCGCGCCGCGACCUCCCGGUUCCAGCGGGAACGCGUCGGCAAGCGAGUCGCUGGGCGGCAACGAGCUGACGGGGAGCAUCCCCGAAGGCAUCUCGCACCUCACCGCGCUGGAACACCUGGACGUGAGGGGCAACCAGCUGGCGGGGUCGCUGGUGGGGGAGAUCGCGCGCCUGCCCGCCCUCACCUACCUAGACCUGUCCAACAACCGCAUCAACGGCUCGCUGCCCAGCUCCCUCUCUAACCUCACCGCCCUGCGCCACCUCGACCUGCAUCAGAACCCCAUCACCGGGCCGCUUCCCUCCUCCCUUGCCGCCCUCUCGCUGCUCACCCGACUCGAUCUGCAUGCUCUCGACUUCACGCCCGCCCCGCUGCCGCCCGCUCUUGGCGCCCUCUCCUCCCUCGUCUACCUCGACCUGUCAUACACGCAGCUCACCGGCCCUCUGCCCGCCUCCAUCGCCAACCUCUCCGCCCUCAACUUCCUCUCGGUGGACGGCAACGCCCUGACGGGCUCCAUCGACAUCUUCCCGCCCAACUCCUCCCUCCAAGCCAUUCUAGCGGGGCACAACCAGCUGCAGGGGUCGGUGCCGGACGUGGCGCUGCACCCGCGGCUGCGCCUGCUGUCACUGCACGACAACAACCUCACUGGCCCCGUGCCCGCCGCCGACCUCAACUCGUCCACCACCACCGUCGUCCUGGCGGGCAACCCGCUGUGCACAUCAGCCAAGUAUUACCGCACUUGCAACGUGUGGCAGCAGCGGCGCCUGUGCACGCUACCGUGCAGCGGCAGCGGGGAGAGCCCCAGCCCCGUGGAGUACGUGCGCUCGCAGGCGUGCGUGUGCGCGCUGCCCCUCGUCGUGCGCCUGUUCCUGCAGAACCCCUCCUACACGCUCUUCAACGCUGAGUACGCCGACCUCUUUCAACGCGACGUGGAGACGCAACUGCAGCUGCAGGAGGGGCAGGCGUGGUUGGACAGUGUGAGUCAGCGCGAGGACAACCUCGAGGUCGCCACGCUGCGCCUCUACCCCGCCCAGGCGGAUGCACCAUGGACGGAGGAGCAGAGGGGCCAGCUGUAUGGGGCGUUGGGGGGCCUCACCCGCCUCAGCGCCAUCUUUGGAGGCAUCACGUUCGAUGGCCCACCACCCCCACCAGUGCCCAGCCCGCCCCCGCCCCCUCCCACGCUGGCAGUCACCACUGAAAGCAAGAGCACGUUCCCAGUGUGGGCCAUUGUGGUCACGGCCGUGGGGCUGCUGUGCUUUGGCGCCUCGCUGCUGCUGCUGCUGCUCUGGCUACGCCACCAACGCAGACGCCAGAUGCUCCGACCCACCAAGUCGAAGCUGACGAUGCGCCUGCAGGAGCAGUUUGUGCGCCCCAUCGCGCUGGCGGAGAUCGAGGCCGCCACCGACUCGUUCGCGGAGUCACGGCUGCUGGGCGCGGGCGGGUACGGGUCGGUGUACCGCGGGGACGGGCCCAACGGGGAGGAGUGGGCCGUGAAGCGCGCGCAGGUCGCCACUGUGCAGUCCAUGGGCGUGUUUCAGAACGAGGUGGAUGUGAUAUCGGCCAUGAGUCACCGCAACCUGAUAGCUCUGCUGGGGUACUGCGAGGACAAGGGCGAGCAGAUCCUCGUCUACGAGUUCGCCGCCCAUGGCACCCUCUCCGCCCACCUGCGCCCGCCAGCUGACAAGCCAACGCCCCCUCUAACGCUGCAGCAGCGCGUGGAGGUGGCGCUGGGGGCGGCGCAGGGGCUGUUCUACCUGCACUCCUUCGCACGCCCGCCCGUCAUCCACCGCGACGUCAAGUCCGGCAACAUCCUGCUGGACAGCGACAUGCAGGCGAAGGUGGCGGACUUUGGGCUUCUGAAGGCGUCCAAGGGCGAGGGCGUGGCGCACAGCACGCAGGUGGCGGGCACACCGGGGUACCUGGACCCUGAGUACUACUCCGCCUUCAAAGUCACCGCCAAGAGCGACGUCUACAGCUUCGGAGUGGUGCUGCUGGAGAUCCUGACGGGGCUGCCGCCCAUCUUUGAGAGCCUCGACGCCAAUGAGUCCACGGAUGGGGAGAGGCAGAUGACCAGCCUGGCCAGAUGGUGUGCGCCGUACGUGCAGACGGGCAACGUGGCCAAGAUAGUGGACCCGCGCCUGGGCGCCGACUACCCGGUGGACAUAGUAAAGGCCAUGGCGGAGGUGGCUAUGGCGUGCGUGCAGCGCCACAGCAAGAACCGCCCCGACACGGGCGAGGUGGUGCGGCGCCUGGGGGACAUCCUCGCUCGCCUCACGGGCGACGAGAGCGCCGCCACACUGGGCCACCUGCGGUCGCAGAGCUCGAAUGUGGGCGCCAUUGCCAUUCCGGAGGACGGGGAGAUCGAUCCGAACAUUGCGCUGGUGGGGAACAUGGAGGGGCCGUAUGAUGAGAGCACUGCCGCGAUGUCGCAGAUUAUCCCGCGCUGA